AGUACCUCGCCGAGUCGUCACAACUUCCGGCCAUAGUUUUGCAUCCUUUUUUCCGAACGUCGUCUGCCGUUGUAAUCAUUACACCGUGGUGAUAGUACAACGAAGUGGAGUAGUGUCAGAAGUGGCGAGUGUCGAGUCGUUUUUCUCCGAAGGUGCCGAGAAAUUAUGGCCGUUUCUUCAUACGUCGUUCCGUAACAGGUAAACGAACGUUCUCGCGUAGCAUAAUUCAAACGCGGAACAAAAAUCUCACGAUCUUUGGAACAAGAUCGUAGAAAAGUCUCCUUUUUCGAAACUUUGUUCCGCGACGCAGAGAAUUGUGUUCGGUAUAUUGACGAUGGCACGGAUGAGUUUUCUUCUGUCGAUCGGACACACGAGGCUCGAUACGUUUCCCGUCGCCUCUGGUUGACGGUUCUAUUCCUCCUGUUAACACGGAAUAAACAGCCCCUGCGUUUUGCUUUAUUUCGCCGCGUGAUCCGAACGUUCGACGUCGGUGUUUCCUCUUUUUUUCCUUCGUCGUUUUUGAAUCGCCGCCAGCGUGUUAAUUAAACAAACAAACUGUGGCCGAGGCGGGUGUUAAUCGGACACGCCGCAAGAAAAUCUGGAAAGGACGUGCGAGUCGAUGAGAAGAAGGAGACGGCGGAGGAGAAAGAGGUAGGAACUUAGGAUCAUCGUGAGAUAUGGAGAAUAACGACGAAGCGCGCGCCGUGGUCGAACAUGCGUCGACGUCGAAGGAGAAACCCUUGGAGGCAACUACUGGCGAUGAUUACGGUUGCGAACACUACAAGCGAAAGGCCAAAUUUGUGUUUCGAUCACGCAGAUGUUCAGUGAUCAGUUUGCGCGAUUCAGCUGCGAGGCAACAUGUUCUUCUCGGGUACCGUUUUUAAUCCUUCCGGCGUGUCUCUACGGCUUCGUCUCGUGUCAAGCAUUUUUCGAACUUGGUCACGCAAACAAAUCGAUGAAGUUCAGCCAUGUGUUGUGUAACGAGACGCCCUCUUUCAAAGUGCUGCUUACCAAUUGCCGCGAUAAGCCAAAUGUCUUGUGCUGCUGCUACGAACGACCAGUGCUUUUGCGUCGUCUCGAAGAAAAAGAAACUACACCAUGUUGUAACAAAGUAUACAUAUGUCGAUUUUGUCACGACAAGGAGGAGACCCACGUGGUAAAUAGAAAAGAAGUCACAGAACUUAUAUGUGUUCUAUGUGACACUCGUCAGCCUGUACAAGCCACUUGCAAAAAUUGUCAUUGUCGCUUUGGCAAAUAUACAUGCCUCGAGUGCAAUUUGUUCGAUGACGAAGACAAGAAUCAGUAUCAUUGUGACGGUUGCGGGAUAUGCAGGGUCGGCGGUCGGGAUCGAUUUUUCCACUGUGCCAAGUGCAACAUGUGUUUACCGGUUCAGUUACAGAACGGGCACACGUGUGUAGAAAAUGUUUCUCAUGCAAAUUGUCCAGUCUGCUUGGAGGAUAUUCACACAAGUCGUAUACCUUGUCACAUUCCAAAUUGUGGUCAUUUGCUUCAUCGUACGUGUUUUGAGGAGUUGUUACACUCAGGACAUUAUGCUUGUCCAACUUGCCAAGUGUCUCUUCUAGAUAUGACUGAUCUAUGGAAAUUUUUGGAUAUGGAAGUAUCGUCAACACCAAUGCCAGAAGAGUACAAGGAUUACAAGGUUGAUAUUCUGUGCAAAGACUGUCACGAGGAAUCAACAGUAAAAUUCCAUAUUGUAGGUUUGAAAUGUUUGAAUUGUGGAAGUUAUAACACUUGCAGAGUCAAAGGAUCUCCGUCUCCAGAUCCAGAUACAUUGGACUAAAUAAUGUCAAUGACAUUGGCGAUGAAGAGAAUUUACAACGCUAGAACUUUUAGUAUUAAAACGAGAAAAAGAUGCGGAACGUUCCCGAGAAAGUGUCGCUUUUAAGCGUUUCUAACAGAAAGACAUUAGGAAAUGGCCUCUUUGGCAUUAUACCUCUACUUGUUUUUAGUGAAUUUAUACAUCUUUGUUGAUUGUUUUCAGACUUUUUAUAGACGUUAUUUUAUUAGGAGGCUGAAUGUAUGAUAUGUAUAAUGAUCAAUGCUUAUAUCUAUAAUCAUGGAAGACCGAAAAUUAUGGAAUAAUCGCAGUUUGAAUCGUAAAUUCAAAUCGUUUAAAAAGAAUAGUAAAUUCUUUUUCCGCAAAGAUACAAUUUUUUCGUAACUAUAGCGAUCCUAAAUGAAACAGUAUGACACAUUCUCGGCAGUUUUUAUUUUGUUACUAAUUGGUGGCGCGGUAUGCACAGUGUCACCCAUUUCCUAAAAUUCUUCUCGCGCUGUUUUCAAAUAGAUCUUUAUAAACAUUU